CAUACACAUACUCCCCGCGAAAAAAUACAUACACACGAGCGAUUGACUAACAAUUCAGCUAAUUUUAUUUAGUAGAUACUUAACAGCACCAUUUGCAAACAUGAGCAAAUUUUUAUUACCUAAUACCAUCAUAUACAUGGACACUUCCAAGAUGCAAUUUUGGAUGCAUCUAACAGCAUCACUUGUCAACCACAGGAUGCACCAACCUCCCCCCCUCUUGAAGUUCAGCCCUUUUGUUGGUUUGGAAGCUUACUUCAGCGUGGUAGCUGCAUCUGACAGUCUCGGUUCCACCACUUGUCCAUUCCUACUCCCACUCACCUAACCCCUCCAACAUUGCAUCCACGAUAAAACACCCGCCCACGCCCUUUAGCUCCUCCAGACACCACAAAGCACACAAGCUUCUCCAUCAUCUUCUAGCUAGCUCUUGGCUCCUCCGUUGAUCGAUUCGCCUCGACUGCGAAAAUAAAGAACAAUGGGAUCGGAGCACGAGAAGGCUGCUGUCGACACCGCCACCGUAGAGGUGGAAGGUAUCCCGUUCCCGCAGGAGAUUGCCGGCGCCAAGACCCUCUCGCUCGUUGGCCAUGGUGUCACGGACAUCGAGAUCCAUUUCCUGCAGAUCAAGUUCAAUGCCAUUGGAGUCUACCUCGACGAGGGCGGCAUCAUGGAGCACCUGCAGAGCUGGAAGGGGAAGGACCAGCUGCAGGUGGAAGAUGAUGCUUUCUUCAGCGCCCUGGUCUCAGCUCCGGUGGAGAAAGUGCUGAGGGUGGUGGUGAUCAAGGAGAUCAAGGGGUCACAGUACGGGGUGCAGCUGGAGAGCUCCGUCAGGGACCGCCUUGUCGCGGCAGACAGGUAUGAUGACGACGAAGAGGAGGCGCUCGAGAAGGUGGCAGAGUUCUUCCAGUCGAAGUACUUCAGGCCCGGCUCCGUCGUCACCUUCCACUUUCCAGCCACGGCCACCGCUGCAGAGAUAUCUUUCGCGACGGAGGGCAAGGACGAGGCGAAGGUGGCGGUGGAGAACGCGGCCGUGGCGGAGAUGAUCCAGAGGUGGUACCUCGGCGGAGCGUCGGCGGUGUCACAGACCACCGUCAGGAGCCUCGCCGACCAUUUCACGGCCUUGCUCUCCUCUCCAUGAUUUUUUUUUACAAGUCCUGCUCUGCUUGGUAGCUUUGCCUCUGUAAUAAGGAAGUAGUGAAAUAGUCAUGUUGGAAAAAUUUCAACUAUCUGAAACGUGAGGAUUGAAUUCAAUGUUGCUGCUUGGUUUUCUGUCUGUUAAUUUGCUCCAGAGGAAAUAAACAAAAUACUGCGGUUGA